CUGCUGGUACUCUGUGACUCAGUGUGCAGCUCCGCUUACAUAUAAAGACACGGGGCUUUUCUCACAUAGGUUGGCUAUUUGUAAUCAAGCCAAUCAUCAACCCAGUCCACUCUCUGAGCCUAUAGAAGCGAAGUGGUCACAAUUUUGGGGAAGGGUUGUAUCCAUGCUUUUAUAGUCUUGUUGAUAUCAGUAACAGCGCGUUUAGAGAUCGGGGGAAAUGUCCAGAGCGCACAGCAGAAGAACGCAUUCCUAACCUGCUCCCUUCUCUCUUUUCACUCCACAGCCGAGGAUUACCUCCAUCCAGGGCACAAUUUAACGGAGUAAGGACACAAUAAAAAAAGGAGUGUGACGUUUCUUCAUAAAUCUUGGCUUCUUUGAAGAGGAUAUGGCACGGUCGUUGCUGGAGAGAGGAGCGCAGCCAGCGCUGGAAAGAGGAAACAGGAGCUGAAUGACAGGAUGCCAGCAACCUGAGUCCGCUCUCAACUUCGUUAAAAGAGACACUUCUGCUUUAUUUUCUCCAGUUCAGAGAAGGAGAGAAGAUACUUGCCAAAAAAAAAAACCUGUUGGAGGAGUUUAAUUUCGGAGUUUUUUUUGUAUGCAUAAUUUUAUUUUUGUGGAAAGGAAACAAGGAUGCAUUGUGGAUUAGUCUUUAUCCUGUUCAUGGGAAUCCUUUUGGUGGUCAAGGCUUUCAAAAACGAUAAAUGUGGAGACAACAUCAGAAUCUCAACGGCCAACUACCUCACCUCGCCCGGUUACCCCCUCGCGUAUCCCCCUUCACAGAGAUGUGUGUGGGUGAUAUCGGCGCCUGGUCCUCACCAAAGGAUCCUCAUCAACUUCAAUCCGCAUUUCGAUCUGGAGGAUCGGGAGUGCAAGUAUGAUUAUGUGGAGGUGCGGGAUGGUGUGGACGAGAGCGGUCAACUCGUGGGGAAGUACUGCGGGAAGAUCGCUCCCUCUCCGGUCGUCUCUUCCGGAAACCAGCUUUUCAUCAAGUUUGUGUCUGACUACGAGACGCACGGAGCCGGUUUCUCCAUCCGAUAUGAGAUCUUUAAGACAGGUCCCGAAUGCUCCAGGAACUUCACCUCCAACAGCGGUGUCAUAAAGUCACCUGGUUUCCCGGAGAAAUAUCCGAACAACCUGGACUGCACUUUCAUGAUCUUCGCCCCCAAGAUGUCUGAGAUCAUUCUGGAGUUUGAGAGUUUCGAGCUGGAGCCCGACCCGACGCCCCCUACUGGUGUUUUCUGCCGCUAUGACAGACUGGAGAUCUGGGAUGGAUUCCCUGGAGUCGGUCCAUAUGUUGGGAGAUACUGUGGGCAGAACACCCCAGGCAGGAUCAUCUCCUACACAGGCAUCCUGGCACUAACAAUCAACACUGACAGCGCCAUCGCUAAGGAAGGCUUUUCGGCAAACUUCACUGUCAUCGAAAGAACCGUUCCAGAGGACUUUGACUGUAGCGACCCUUUGGGGAUGGAAUCAGGAGAGAUCACAUCGGACCAAAUCAUGGCCUCGUCGCAGUACAACCCCAGCUGGUCCCCAGAGCGCUCCAGACUCAACUACUAUGAAAAUGCAUGGACUCCGGCAGAGGACUCGAACAAAGAGUGGAUACAGGUGGACCUUGGGUUCUUGCGGUUCGUCUCGGCCAUAGGUACACAGGGCGCCGUUUCCCAGGAGACGCACAAAAUUUACUUUGUCAAAUCCUACAAAGUGGACGUCAGCUCCAAUGGAGAGGACUGGAUCACUUUGAAGGAAGGCUCCAAACAAAAGGUUUUCCAAGGCAACACCAACCCAACAGACGUUACCAAGACAAUGCUGCCCAAACCCACGCUGACGCGCUUCCUGCGGGUCCGUCCCGUUACCUGGGAAACAGGCAUCGCACUGCGCUUCGAGGUGUAUGGGUGUAAGAUAUCAGAGUACCCAUGUUCGGGCAUGUUGGGCAUGGUAUCAGGUUUGAUCACGGACAGCCAGAUCACUGCCUCCUCCCAUACGGACCGGAGCUGGGUGCCAGAGAACGCCCGCCUGUUGACCAGCAGGACGGGGUGGACCCUGCUGCCCCAGCCCCAGCCCUUCACCAGCGAAUGGCUGCAGGUGGAUCUCGGCGAUGAGAAGCUGGUGAAAGGGAUGAUCAUCCAGGGAGGGAAGCACCGUGAGAACAAAGUCUUCAUGAAGAGGUUCCGCAUCGGCCACAGCAACAAUGGCUCCGACUGGAGGAUGGUGUUGGACAGCAGUGGCAACAAGCCAAAGAUAUUUGAAGGGAAUAGCAACUACGACACUCCUGAGCAGACGGUGGAGGCCCUGACGACUCGUUUCAUCAGAAUUUACCCGGAGAGGGCCACUCCUGCUGGUAUGGGCCCUAACGGCUUUUCGAGCUCCUGGGCCUGCGAGAUUGAAGCUCCCACACUCCCUCCUACCACGGUAGUUCCAAGCACCACUCCGUCGGACGACUGUGACGACGACCAGGCGAGCUGCCACAGCGGCACAGGUGAUGACUACGACGUGACAGCGGGUACCAUAAUUCCAGAGACCACUACUGCUGAAGUGGAUACCAUCCCAGCUUUUCUGUGGUUUGCCUGUGACUUCGGCUGGGCCAACGACCCGUCCUUUUGCAGCUGGACAUCAGAGGACACUGGCUCCAGGUGGCAGAUCCAGUCCAGCGGCACCCCCACCUUAAAUACCGGACCUAACAUGGACCACACAGGUGGAUCGGGGAACUUCAUCUACACCUUGGCGACGAGCCCCCAGGAGACGGAGGUGGCUCGGCUGGUCAGCCCCGUGGUCAGCUCCCCGGACUCAGACCUGUGCGUUUCCUUUUGGUAUCACAUGUUUGGGCCACACAUUGGCACACUGCAUAUAAAACAGCGCAAACAGACCGUUGACGGACCGGCUGACAUCCUGCUGUGGACGGUCAGUGGUCACCAAGGAAACCGCUGGAGAGAAGGUCGUGUCCUCGUGCCACGAACCAACAAACCCUAUCAGGUGGUGCUGGAAAGUCUGGUGGAGAGAAAGAGCUGGGGGGACAUUGCUGUUGAUGACAUUAAAGUUCUCGAUGGACUCAGCAUGGCGGACUGCAAAGAUCCUGACGUACCCACCGAGCCGAUGCUGCCAGAGGACCGCCUCAAUGAAAUCCUUGAAGACAUCACUGAGUACCCAGACUUUGUGGAGACCAACCAGAUCAGCGGAGCAGGCAACAUGCUGAAGACGCUCGACCCCAUCCUCAUUACCAUCAUCGCCAUGUCCGCUCUGGGGGUCUUUCUGGGGGCCAUCUGCGGCGUGGUGCUGUACUGCGCCUGCUCGCAUGGAGGCAUGUCGGACAGGAACUUAUCAGCCCUGGAGAACUAUAACUUUGAGCUAGUGGACGGCGUUAAGCUAAAGAAAGACAAACUCAAUGUACAGAGCUCAUACUCAGAGGCAUGAGGAGGGACUGAGUGCAUCAUGUGACUGUAUCACGUGCAGAGCGUGCACAAGACUGGCUGUAGGCUUAUCCUCUCGUAUCUCCACGAGAAGGCAGGCUCAAAGGACUGCCAACACCCUCAACACUCUGGAUGAGGGACAGGUUCAGGAACCAAUGGGAGGUUUGGACUGAUCCACGCUUUUCUCAGGAGCUGCAGUAAAAAGAACCUACCAGUAGGGGACACUGUGUACAAAUAAACAUACAGAAAAAAAUAUGUACAGAUGAUUUAGAUGAUAUUUUAAUUUUCUAUUUUGAUUUUCAUUCAUUUUUACAAUCGGAUGCUGGUGUUGAGACCAAUUUAUUAAUAAUGUUUAAAGUAUUUAUCGUUUUCUGGGAAAGAAAUGUCUUUUUUUUAUUAUCAGUUCAUGAAGGCUGUUUAUUUUCAAGUUCGGAAAGAGAUGUAUAAAUGAACCAUAUCCGGCAAAACUG